CCCAUUUGGUGACGCAGUGGCCGGCUCUUCCUUGUGGGUGUAUGCCUCCCCUUGGCUAUUCCGAAUUAGAUGCCUCUACCCCCUCCGCCACUCUCUCAUCCUCUUAUCGGCAAGUGAGCGGCCAACAUGGAUGUCGUCAACCAGUUGGUGGCCCAGGGACAGUUUACAAUAAUCAAGCAACCGUUGGGAUUUAUAAAAGUCCUCCAAUGGAUCUUUGCCAUCUUCGCCUUCUCAACAUGCGGCAGUUACUCCGGCAUGUUCAAGAUGAGCGUGGAGUGUAAAAACCGGUCAGAGAGUGAUCUUGGCAUUGAAGUAGAAUUUGAAUAUCCGUUCAGGCUCCAUCAGGUUUACUUUGAUGCCCCCACAUGUAAGGGAGGGAAUCCCGAGCGUCUGUUCCUGGUCGGCGACUACUCUUCCUCAGCAGAGUUCUUUGUCACCAUCGGUGUUUUCUCCUUCCUCUACUCCAUGGCAGCCCUCUCUGUUUACUGUUUCGUCUUGGAGAAAUACCGUGAAAACAACAAGGGCCCCCAGAUAGACUUUGUAGCGACAGCGGUGUUCGCCUUCAUGUGGCUGGUGUCGUCUUGCGCGUGGGCCAAAGGUCUGUCGGAUGUGAAGACGGCCACCGAUCCCGAAAGGGUUAUCAGCCUCAUCACGGCCUGCAACGAACGAGAGAAUCGCUGCCUUGAGGUCUACGACCCCAAAGUCUCUGGACUCAACACCUCUGUGGCUUUUGGCUUCAUCAACCUGAUCCUGUGGAUAGGCAACCUGUGGUUCGUCUUCAAGGAGACCGGCUGGAUGGCGGCCUUCACGGGAACGUACAUGCCUUCGCAGGAAAAGCAGCCCGCUCCCGAUUCCUUCGCUCAGGGCGGCGGCUACGGUCAGCAGGACCCGUACGCCGGCUCUCAGGGAGGUUACCAGCCCGAGUAUGGCCAGCAGGGGGGCUACAACGAGGACGGAGGCUACAGCCAGGGCUAUGAACAGCAGCCCACCUCCUACUCCAAUCAAAUGUGAGCAUGUGUGCUGAUGCCACAGCUGCAGGAUGGGUGACCUUGUGAUUCCGGCACUCAAGCGCCGCCUGCGUUUCUGCACUCGUCUGUUAGUCUGUUUGUGUACAUGUACGUUUGGCAAGUGGUGGAGUGGGUUGGGGGAAAGGGGGGGGGGGUAUACAUGGGAGGGCGGACUGACCUAAAGUGGGUCGUGAACACCUUAAAGGAGCUGGAGGAGGUCAGGCAGGGGUCAUGGGAUGGGGGUCGGAGUCUUUGCUGUAACAUGAUGUUUAUUCUCGUGAUGUAUUUAACUGUAGAAGACAACAGAGGAUUGUCUGUUUGGUUAUACGAGAAAAACUUGAAUACAAAUACCAAAACAUUCAUUGACAUUGAACAUUGAAGAGGAACACUUGUCACGGAAAAAGACUUACAUUUAUCAGGGUGGGGGAGGCAGUGGGGUUGGGGGGGUAUUGUAGUUAUAUUUAACUUGAGAGAAUGUAUUGUCUGUGCUGUGUAAAUAUCGACCUGCUAAUAUAUAUGAUUCUAUUACCCUGUUGAAUAAUUGUGCACUCCAUAUUAGUUGUUAUACAACAAAUGUAGAGCACAGAGUUAUUCAAUUGGACUGACUUAGAUUCUGUUUAGAAGCGCAUUGUUUGGCCUUUGCCCUUCAACUCCUCUCCCAUCACACCAACAGUUUUUUUUUAUUAUUCACGACGUCAACUCUUCAUUUUACUUGUGCACUGUCAAUUAUUUUAGCUGUUGGAUGAGGACUAGGGUGAAGGCCAAUGAAUAUAUAUGGAAAGAACUAUAAACAAGGUUUAAUCACACUACCUUGAUUGGGGGGGGGGGGGGGGGGCAACAGCUAGUAAGUGACGUGGGUGGAAUUUGGAGGAAAUGGCCAGAUGUGGCUUUGCAGCCAGACAUUUCUAUUACCAAAUUUACAUUUUCACCAGGAUGAAUAUGCCAGCAAAAUUUUUUGAGUUGAUGAUGAAAUUGCGGAAGCGUAUUUCUGCAACGCGAGACAAACAAAAAAGUUGUUAUGUGAUAAAGUUUUUCUUUUAACAUGAAGAUAAAAUUUCACAUUUCCACAUGGUUAAUUGUAAUGUUAUAUUGUGAUCAAUUUCAUCUUGGAACGAUUUCUGAUGAAUAUGAUAAGUUUCAUAUUUUAACAUAACAACUUCCACAUUCUGUGCAACAAAACAAAACAAUUUCUUCCGGUUGAGGUCAAUGGCGAGUCCUAUGUGGGCAUAACUUAAUAUAUAAAUUACUUAAAAUGUGGAAUUGAUCAGGUUGUAAGAUGAACAUUCUAAUGUUAAAAUGUGGCAUUUAACACAGUGUGGCAGGAGUACGCUUCCGUAGGACAUCCUUCAAAACAGCAGUUUGGUUUUCCUGAGAAUGAUAAUGAGCAAUUUGAAGAGAGGGCCUUCGUUCGGCACCCGAAUUAAUAACAACUAAUUAUCUGCAUAGAAGAUAACAUUUUGCGCUUGCGGUGCUUUCAAGUCGAUUGUUUUCCACUCUAUUUACCGUAUUUCUCAGUAUUUUUUUCCCUUCCCUGUCAAGAGGACGUGCAAAUUUUCCCAACCUAACAUGUCAAGAUGACAUUCGUGACUUGAUUGCAUCUUCAAGUACCUGUGGUCAUUUACAAACUGCUGUUGUGUGCUUUGAACAUUAUUAAUCAGGGCGGCGAGUGUCCGUUUUAGAAGUGUGUGUCUUUAUUUGUGGGUAUCGGGCAGGUUUUGUCAGUGAAUUUUGUCCUAUUUGUGCGGUUCCGAAUGUUGUAAGACAGUCCUGUAGUCCUUGCCCCCCUCUCCCCCUCUUACAUUAACUUCUAGUGUGAGUAAAGGACAAUAAAUUAGAGUACAUGUUUAAGAUCUCGCCCUCGAAAAUGUUUUAAAGUAGUCGGGACAAAAUGGCAGAUGUUUGUUCUGCAUCCCAAAUCUUUCUUUCUCGCUUCUCCUUUGAAUGGCAAGUGAAAUUACUGCAUGCAUUGUCUUCCUCUUAUCCUGAAGUGUCCCUCAACAUAUUUGGGCAGACUCCGCAGUGACAUGACGGCAUGUUCGAUCCAUCUCCGGUACAGUUCUACACAAAGCACAAUCUAGGCAAUAAUGAGAAUGAAACAGGCCUGCCAGUUGUGUAUGAAAUGGUUGCAGCUGUGUCAUCAUUUGUCGUUUGGAUUCCACAGACCACAUCUGAAUGAAUCCUUGUCCAUCUCCGGUGUUUUGGAUUCGCUCUCUUCUUUAUUUCCACUUUUUGUCUUGUCCCCCAACACAGUUUUCUUCUCUCUGUAGCUCCUAUAAAUAUGCUCAAAUGAAAUAUACUCUGUUGUUAGUGGUGAAUGAUGUCUUGUGAUACUCUCGACACGUUUGCAUAGUGCUGUGUUUAUUGUGAAUGAUGUAUACAUAUUAGUAUUUAUGAUAAGCCAGAGAAGAAAAAUAUUCAAGGUUCUCCGGAAUUCUGCUGUAUUCUUACUGUAUGGGCUCCAUGUGAAACAAAAAAAAUGAAAUAAACUUGAAAUUAUUCUGUUGAAGGUUAAAA